UAGAUGAUAGCACAAGGUCCAGGACUGCAAGCUAACGAUGGUCAGCUGAGGUGACCAGGACUGCACAACACUCCUUAGAUCAACAAUUCCACUAAUUCGGGAAAACUAUCACUGUUUUCCACAGUGAUUCUUCAAGUUCAAGGUCUUGCUGUCCCUAAGCCACACGUGGUGACAUUUCUGCAGCAAACACAAGGACCAUGGGAUGUGACGAUACAAGCAACAGACACUGUGCACCCAGGAGACACAUGAGAAUUCAUGUUGCAGAGAAAUCGUAUCAGUGUGAACUGAGUGCAAAAGAAUUUACUAAGCCUGCUCUUCUCCUUGGGAACAAGGCGGCUAAUCCUGCAAAGAAAGCCUACAAGUGUGAGGAGUGUGGCAAAUGUCUUUGCACAUCUUCAUCCCUUAGACGACAUCAAACCAUCCAUUCUGAAGACAAUCCCUACAAGUGUGCAGAGUGUGGCAAAAGAUUUUCCUACUUUGCACACCAACAACAUCAGACAGUCCAUACUGGAGAGAAACCAUACAAGUGUGAGGAGUGUGGCAAAUGUUUUUCCUCAUCUUCAUCCCUUAGACGACAUCAGUCAAUCCAUUUGGAAGACAGCCCCUAUAAAUAUGUAGAAUGUGGCAAACGGUGUUCCUGUUCUCGGAGUCUUCGGGGACAUCAAGCAAUUCAUACUGGAGAAAAAUCAUACAAGUGUGAAGAAUGUCAUGAAGCCCUUCAUAAUAGCUCAUCCCUUUGGAGACACAAGAGUUCAUACUUCAGAGAAAUCCUAACUGUGAAGUGUGUGCAAAUGUUUUUCUUUAUAUUCGUGCCUUAGACAAUGUCAAACACUCCAUGCGUAAGACAGUUCCUCCGCCGGGCGGUGGUGGCACACGCCUUUAAUCCCAGCACUCGGGAGGCAGAGGCAGGUGGAUCUCUGUGAGUUCGAGGCCAGGCUGGACCAACAGCCUCCAAAACAAUACAGAGAAACCCUGUCUCGUAAAAACCAAAACAAUAAACCAAAACAAACAAACAAAAAAAAAACAAGACAGUUCCUGCACAUGUGCAGUGUGGAAAAGUUUUCAUACAUUGAAAAACUUCAGGAUCAUCAGACAGUCCAUGCUGUAGAAAAACCAAGUGUGAAGAGUUGGCAAAUGUUUUCGCUCUUCGCUCAUCUUCAUCCCUUAGACAAUGUGAGAGAGAGAGAGAGAGAGAGAGAGAGAGAGAGAGAGAGAGAGAGAGAGAGAGAGAGAGAGAGAGAGAGAGAGAGAGAGAGAGAGUGUGAAGUUCCUGAAAGUGUGGGCAAUGUGGUAAAGACUGUUAAUCUUUAUAACUGUAUUGGACACAUGAUUAUUCAUGUUGGGGAGAAAUCCCACAAAUGUCUUAAAAAGUUUACACUUCCUCAGCCCUUAAAAAACACAUCAUAUGAACCAUUCUGACUACAAACUCCAUAAGUGCUGGAAGAAAGAAGGACGGAGAGAGGAGAGUGAGGAGGAGAUGCCAGCCAGCUGACCCGGAAGCAGGCUAUAGAGAAAAUGAGAUAGAAAACCAUGAGCCCCGUGAGAAAGCACAGAUAAAUAUGGGUCAAUUCAAAUGUAAGAGUACUAGGAGACUAACUCCUAAUU